GUAUUUAUUAUCUAGAUUUUCAAAGACUGCGUUGUUCUAAAGUCGGUGGUGAUCUCGUCUCCCUCCAAUUCUCUGAGUCGAUCUUCUUUCUUCCGUCUCGUCGUCUCCGUCCAAUCCACUCGUCUGCUUCCAUUUCCAGCUUCCAACUCUCCGGUAAACGCCUAAACGCACUCGCUUUUGAGCUCUAGCCUCGAUCUUCGUAAGCUUUCCUCUUAGUUCAAUAGCUGGCCCUAAUUCUCUCCCUUUUCCCGAAACUCCUUCAAAAUCAAUCAGUUCUAUGCAGAUUGAUCCCGAUAUGGAGAGGAUCGUCCGAGAGAAGUACAAGUUAGGUCGUAAAAUCGGAAGCGGAUCGUUUGGUGAAAUCUACCUUGCUACUCAUAUCGACACCGGUGAAAUUGUCGCAGUGAAGAUUGAAAACAGGCAGACAAAACAUCCUCAAUUACUCUACGAAGCUAAGCUGUAUAAUAUUCUUCAAGGAGAAAGUGGUAUUGCCAACAUAAAAUGGUGUGGUGUAGAUGGGAAGGACAAUGUCCUCAUCCUUGACUUGCUGGGACCAAGUCUGGAAGAUUUGUUUGUCUACUGUGGGAGGAAGUUUUCGUUGAAAACAGUCCUAAUGUUGGCUGAUCAAAUGCUUUCACGAAUAGAAUAUUUACAUUCAAGAGGGUUCUUGCAUAGGGACAUCAAACCAGAUAACUUCCUCAUGGGGCUUGGCAGGAAAGCAAAUCUGGUCUAUGUUAUUGAUUUUGGACUUGCCAAAAGAUACCGUGAUCCCACUACAAACUGCCAUAUUCCUUAUAGGGAAAACAAAAACUUAACUGGGACUGCUCGUUAUGCGAGUUGCAAUACUCAUCUUGGAAUUGAGCAAAGCUGUCGGGAUGAUUUAGAGUCACUUGGCUAUGUUCUCUUGUAUUUCUUGAGAGGAAGCCUUCCUUGGCAGGGUCUAAAAGCUGCUACAAAGAAGCAGAAGUAUGAUAAAAUAUGUGAGAAGAAGCUAUCAACCCCUAUUGAGGUCCUUUGCAAAUCACAUCCUGUGGAGUUUGCAUCCUACUUCCAUUAUUGCCACUCUUUGACAUUUGAUCAGAGGCCAGAUUAUGGAUUCUUGAAGCGCCUGUUUUGUGAUUUAUUUACUCGAGAAGGUUAUGUAUUUGAUUACAUAUAUGACUGGACCAUACUCAAGUACCAGCAGGCACAAAAGACAAAGACAAGUGCACAGUCAUCUGAUUUGCAGCCUUUUACUGGAGGAAGUAACAGUCAAGCAAUGCCUAAGGAUAAGCUCAAAGAAAUCAAUGAUACUACAUGUUCAGCUUUAAAUACGGAACAUAGAGGGUCUAGCAAUGGUGCUCAUCCAGAUGUUCGUAUGAAGUUCAGAACACCUGCUACUCAGAAUUUGACCAAGCAACAUACGGGGAAUAAUGCAACAAUGUCAUCUACUUCAUUCGCUUAUUCAUCUGCCUUAAAAAAGAAUUCUCGAAAACCAGAUGGGCUAGCUGAAGUUGCAAAUGUUGAUCGGGUACUUGGGAACCGGAAUGGCCCUUCAAGCAGCUGGAUGCCAUCAUUACACCGAGUUUCUUCAGCUAAGUAAAUGGUAUAGAAACUUUACAUUCUUCAGAAGUUGUUUUUAUGCUCAUGGUUUUGAUUAAAUUCUUUUUGAUACAUAAGCACUUUUUAGUUAUAUAAUAGCUAAAAAUUUUGUUUUUCUUUUGCUAAGUUCAGACUGUGUUUUCAGCUGUGGAUUUGAGAGAAUACAGACCUAGUGAUGUGAAAGCAUCAAGUUUUGAAUCUGUCGACACCUUGAGCUCUUUGUCAGGAAAUCUGGUAGAUCAUAUGGAUAUGGUACGCUUUCCAUAAGAUGACUACAAGAUCAAACAAACAUGCAAGAUGAUGCUAUGGCCUGGACCUUCAAAGCCUGGUUUUGUUAUGGAGCAUAGAUGGGAAGAAUGGCUUAACUGGUUUCAUUGUUAAUUGUUUUGAUGACUGAUAUGUAACGUGUGUCCUCCAUUCUUCUAUUAAUGGAUGUUAUAUUUUCAUUUGCAUUAUAUGAUUGUUUUGACUAAGUAUCUGAUUUAAUUCAGGAUGAAUUUGCUUUCUUUUCUUAUUGCUCUCUAUUUUUGGAUCAAAGCCCUGGACGUUUACCUGAUUUAGUCUGAAUCUAGGUACCUGCGUCCACCAGAAUCUGUAAUCCUGAAUUUCAGGUACUAUACUUUCUUGUUGUAUUUGAGGAGCUCUGUAUUGUAUAGCCAUAUAUAUUUAGAUGGAAUAUACUUCACACGGUUGUAUUUCGUUUGCCAGUUUUGGAUAUGAGAAGCAUGUAAUUGACCAUAGGGGUCACUGAUAAUAUUGAAGUGAAAGAAGAUGGUUUUGUAAGACAUCCAUCUUUAAUUUGUGCAUGGAUUUGGGAGGUUCAUAUCUGAGGCUUAAGGUAAUUAAAAGUCGUGCCACCUU